AUGGAGGGCGAUCCCGUUCAGUUCCACUCGAGCCGUCACUGGCUGGCUGUAGCGACUUCAACCGGGUUUCUGAGAAUUUACAACAUUGGUGGCAAAGAAGCACGACAGGAGCAUCACUCGAAGUAUGUGGUAGAAGCGUUGGACGAGUUCCAUCGAUUCCUUUCUAUGAAAGUUAACGUGGCUGGAAAUAGGAUUGCUUGCACUUAUUACGCCACGCCUACGAAGGUCGGUGACAGAAUCCUUGUGUGGGACGCUGAAGGUGAUCUAAUCGUGCACUUUUCGUUCACUUUGGGAAUGACCGAUCAGCAACAGUACGAAGCGGAAGCAGAAUUAGCCAGUUCACAAGGUCGUCCGGUCACUGCUGCAGCGAGGUAUUUAAACCUUAUGUGA